AUGUUUAUAAAAAUGAUCUCAAGAACGAUAAGAUCAUAUCAAUUCCCUCAACGGAUACGAAUUGUAUCCAUUCGUUUUUGUAGCAAUAAUUCAACCGAUUUGAAAGAAAAUGAAAAAAUUACCGACAUUCAAAAACAACGACAAUUGGAUUCACAAUUACAUCUGGUCAAAUCACGUCUGAAAAUAGAUCCAAGAGAUACAAGUAUCAUACUGUUUCCUGGACAAGGUAGCCAAUUUAUUGGAAUGGGUUCGGCCAUUUUUGAUACACCAAAUGUAGAAAAAUUAUUUGCAAAAGCCAAAACAAUACUUGGAUAUGAUUUGCUGAAACUUUGCAUCAACGGACCAAUAGAAAUGUUGAGUAAAACUGAACAUUGUCAGCCGGCAAUAUUUGUCACAUCAUUAGGAGCAGUUGAAUAUCUACGCCAUAGGCAAACAAAUGAAGUGGAAUCAUGUGUAGCUACCGCUGGAUUUAGUAUCGGUGAAAUAACUUCGUUAGUGUUUGCUAAUGCCAUGUCAUUUGAAGAUGGUUUACGUCUUGUCAAACUUCGUGCCGAAGCUAUGCAAUUAGCUUCAGAAACGGUACCGUCAGCAAUGUGUACAGUAUUUUUGUACGCUGAUGCUGAAAUCAAAAUGGCAUGUCAAGCUGCCCGAGAAUGGUGCAAACGAUUACAGAUACCCGAAGAACAUGCCGUUUGUUCAAUAGCUAAUCACCUGUUUCCCCAUUGUAAAGUGAUUGCUGGUCAUGAAGAAGCCAUCAAAUUCUUGCAGCUAAAUGCAAAAGAUUUUGGUAUCAAACGAAUGCGACGUUUACCUGUUUCUGGUGCAUUUCAUACAAAUUUAAUGAAACCAGCCAAAAAAGUGUUGGAAAAAGUACUAGAAAAGAUUCAUCUAGAAAUACCAUUAAUACCUGUAUAUUCAAAUUAUGAUGCUAAAAUUUAUCGUUCUGUGAAUGAAAUACGUGAAAAAUUAGCACUACAAAUUUGUUCACCAGUAAAAUGGGAACAAAUUCUACAUCGAAUGUAUGAUCGACCAGAUGAUACACCAUAUCCACAAACAUAUGAAUGUGGUCCAGGAACUGGUUUAUUAUCAACACUUGAAAUGGUUAAUCGUGUUGCACGUAAACAUAGUAAACAUGUCAAAGUUUAAUAUAUGAUGAUAAUAAUAAUAAUUCAAUUUAAUUCAUAAAAUCGAAUUAACUAAAUGUUGUUAUUGUUUUUUUAAAUGAUGAGCAAUUAAUAAUGAUGAGUCAAUAUAUUAUUGCCUGCUAAAAAAUCGUAAUUUAAGUUUUUUUUGUCAUGUGAAUGAUUCAGUUAUGAAGAUUAUUGUCAGCUGAUCAAAUAAGAAUUAUACACAAAAGUCCAAAACAAGAAAAAAAAAACAAACUGAAAAUGCAAAUAAAAUAAAAUCUUU